UGCAGAGGGAAUCAUGCAGGUAAGCUGCUUCGUUGCAACUGCUCAUUAAAGUCGAGAUUAGAUGAUGAGUCCGCAAGGAAGGAAUCACAUUCCUCCGACACCCGGCAAUUGGGCGUCAAUUCUGCAAAAUAAAUUGUACUUCCAGAUGCUCGACGCAAUUUCCUCGUAACUGCAACGGCAAUUUGCGUUGUUUCCUUUUCUCAAUCCGCUGUGGAUAGUUGUGGUUGAUAGCGUGUAUAAAUUACGCGGAGGAGGAAUUGAAGAAAUGUUAUGGGAAAUCUGCUGUUUCGGUCCAGCAAGCGCAGUCGCGAUGAUGGCAGCUCGGUUGGAGGAAGGAGCUCUGUAAUUGCUCGUUUGCCAAGUGUGACCAGGAGUGCUGCUGGUAGGGCAGGUGCCAUGGGUUCCAGCAGCGCUGGCGUUGAUAAGAUGAAAAAGUACGCAUACAUCCCUGAUAAUUUCACCUCCAUCAACCAGGUGACAACAGCCUUGAGAGAAGCUGGUCUAGAGUCAUCCAAUCUGAUUAUUGGUAUUGAUUUUACAAAAAGUAACGAAUGGACAGGCAAAGUUUCAUUCAACAAUCGAAGCCUUCAUGCUAUUGGCAGUGUCCCUAAUCCUUAUGAAAAAGCAAUAACUGUGAUUGGAAAGACUUUGGCCCCAUUUGAUGAAGACAAUUUAAUUCCUUGUUUCGGGUUCGGUGAUGCAACUACUCAUGAUCAGGAAGUAUUUAGCUUUCACAGUGACCACACUCCUUGCCAUGGCUUUGAAGAAGUUUUGGCCUGCUAUAAAAAAAUAGUUCCAAAUUUACGAUUAUCUGGUCCGACCUCUUAUGGACCAGCAGUGGAUGCUGCAGUAGAUAUAGUGGAGAAAAGUGGUGGACAGUACCAUGUUUUGGUGAUCAUAGCUGAUGGCCAGGUUACAAGAAGUGUCGAUACAAGUGAUGCUGAACUCACCCCACAAGAAGAGAAAACAAUUAAAUCCAUCGUGAAUGCAAGUCAGCAUCCUCUCUCAAUUGUUCUUGUUGGCGUUGGUGAUGGGCCCUGGGAAGAUAUGCAAAAAUUUGAUGACAAGAUCCCUGCUCGUAAAUUUGACAACUUUCAGUUUGUUAAUUUUACUUCUAUCAUGUCAAGAAACAUUUCAUCUUCUGAAAAAGAGGCUGCCUUUGCUCUUGCUGCUCUCAUGGAGAUUCCAAUUCAAUAUAAAGCAGCAAGAGAAUUUGGUCUGCUGGGACGGGUGACUGGCAAAGCCAAGAAAACAGUACCUAGGCCCCCGCCAGUACCAUACUCUAGCCUGUCAAGAUUUCCAUCACGAGAGCCUAGCAACGUUUCACCAGCAGCCCAAGAUGAUCGAAAUCAGGUCUGUCCAGUUUGCUUAACCAAUGCAAAGGAUUUGGCAUUCAACUGUGGACACAUGACUUGCAGAGAUUGCAGCUCAAGGUUGUCCGAGUGCCCCAUCUGUCGGCAGCGCAUCACAAGCCGUCUCAGGCUAUAUGCUUAAUCGUUGCUGCAAAUUCCGCGCAAGAUUCAGCUUGUAAGGUUCUGUUAGUAAGACUGAAUUUCAUAAAAGCUUGAAGCCAUCUCUCCUGCAAUGGUGACUAUAUGCCCCACCAGUUUACUCUAGUAAGUUAGUGUUGAUCUUGAAUCAGUUUGGAUCUACUGUAAAUAUACAUAUAUGUAUAUAUGUGUGUGCUUGCUACUCUACUUUGGUUAAAUGUACAUAUUUUGCUGGUACUGCCUCAAGACAAAUUAAUUUCCUUGCAUCA